AGAUAAUGCUCUAGAAAUGGAUACCGGAAGGGAAGGAUUCUUGAACUGCGGUGGAACCCCUGAUUGGUUGGGAGACUGAGACAGGCUGCAAUAACGGGACCACGCUUUCAAGAGAGGCUUAAGGAGUGCCUUGCACCCUUUGGGACCCCCUCCCCUCUUCUGAAAUGAAGAGAACGUGAGCUUCUUUGCCGUUCUCCUGCCUACCCAUCCGCCCCACUUUUAAUAUCCUAGGGAGCGGCUGCUGAAGCCCUCGCACCUGUCUUGAUUGCGCGAUAUUUAUGGAAGUCCAUACAUCUGGGGAGGGACAGGUGUGGGACGCUGGGCCCCUAAGGCUGAACGUCCAAGGGCAGCUGUGCUCGGGUUUCCGUAGGCCGAUGCCUUCCUCUUCCUCCUCUGCUGCUGGAGCCUGCGUUCAGCUCUCAACACCUCUUAAGCCAUGUUGCGAGGCACCUCCUGUUAAACACAAACACACACAGCGUUUUAAGAGAGUCAGGCAGGUGAAAGAACCGUCCCUCCGGCGGUCUGAAGGGAAUCCAGAGUGAAUGUACUGAAAUGAGGAGGAGGAGGAGGAGAGUGAUUUCCACUGGAUAGUAAUUGAAUAGCUGACGUGUCUGGGUUGGGCUCAAGUCUCCGCUUGCCUGAGUGAUCGGCCAUGUACCCCUUCAGUAUUACAGCCAUUGUUGGUGUGCUGGCUGUCUAUCUGGUGAUCGGCUAUGGAGCAUCUCUGCUCUGCAACUUGAUCGGCUUUGUUUACCCUGCGUACAUCUCCAUCAAGGCCAUUGAAAGUCCUAACAAAGAUGAUGACACACAGUGGCUGACCUAUUGGGUGGUGUAUGGCAUCUUCAGCAUAGGAGAAUUUUUCUCUGACAUCUUUCUCUCCUGGUUCCCUUUCUACUACAUGAUGAAGUGUGGUUUCCUGUUAUGGUGCAUGGCCCCAAGUCCCUCAAAUGGAGCAGAGUUCCUGUACCACCGAAUUAUCCGCCCUUUCUUCCUGAAGCACGAGGCGCAGCUGGACAGUGUAGUGAAGGAUCUGAAAGACAAAGCUGCAGAGACAGCAGAUACAAUCACUAAAGAAGCCAAGAAAGCAACAAUAAAUCUAUUGGGGGAGGAAAAGAAAAGUACCUAAAACUGGAAAAAAAAGUUUCUUCGUCACUUCUCUUAUGCAGCUUGAUAUUACUGGGGACUGUGAUAUAGUGAUUUGGAAAAUGUUGCCUUGGAAACUUUUUUUAAUUUAAUAAAGCCUUUAUUAUGAAGGAAUGUGUUUUUAAAUUUGCUUGCUCUUUUGCAGUUCGCUGUAUUAAAAGUAAGCAUUUUUAUAUCAAACCAGUGCAGUGGGUGGUAUCUAAUGCUUAUACAGGUUAGUUUAUUUGUCUCCUAAACAAAGAGAAGUCUUCAGUGAUGUCUUGCAGUUAAAGUAAACUUAAAUAAAAUAUCCCCAGGCUGUGACCAUUA